AUGGAGAACCUUGACAACAUAACGUGUGAAGAGAAAUUGAUAAGAGAAUUAGCUGACCAACCUAAUGUGGAUAAUGAAGAAGUGUGUCUAAAACCGGUCAGGAAUGGACCCCAACUCCGAUUACAAACCGGAGAACCUAUAACCGAGAAUCCAAGUGCUUCCGAAGGCACCAGAAAUUUGGUCGGACACACGGAGGCUGCCGACUCUUCAGUCAGCUUUGACGAAUCAAAGCAGAUAGAAAAACAGUUACAUCCAUUUUCUCGCAUUGCUUUUAUUGGCAGCGUCUUGUCUGUGGGAUUAUUUGUGUUUGAUGUCUUUACGGACAUUUGGACAGCCAAAGUCUAUUACGACAAUGGAAUGACAUUUGAGUGCAUUUUGACGGUAUCUGUUGUUGUUGCUGCAUUUUUAGUAACUGGAAUCAUAAAUGCGAUCUGGCUUAGGGAUAAAACUUCUGAGAAACAUCCCCCACGACCUUUCAUUUUAUUGAUUUUGACGUUUCCAUUCGCUACCAUAGAGAGAACUAUAACAUACAUAUACCAUGGCUGCAGAAGCAAGAAAAGAAAACAAGAAGACAAUAAGGAGUGCUCAAAAGACAAUAAGGAGGACACAAAAGACAAUAAGGAGGACACAAAAGACAAUAAGGAGGACACAAAAGACAAUGAGGAGGACAUUGCCUACCAUUAUGAAGAAAUGAUCAGCAACAAUAUGAAUGCGAGUCUACUAAAAUUGUUUGACGCCUUUAUUGAAUCCGCUCCCCAACUGCUUCUACAGAUCUACCUCAUUCUCAAAGAACAAGAGAAUCUCAAAGACUGUGAAAACAUAUCGAUUCGUAGUCAUACAAUUCGACUGUUAACAGUUCUCGCCUCCUGGAUGUCUGUCGCGUAUUCUGUGACUGAUUUUUAUCCAGCUCAUCGUGUGUUCAAUGGCAAUGAUAUGCACAAAACCAAGAAGAAAAAAGUCUUCGCUGCAAUGGGAUAUUUCCUCUGGAGAGCGUUUGAAAUAGGACCACGAGUAAUGUUAUUGGUAAUGCUUUUUCUAAUGAACGGCAUCAUAUUUGCAAUAAUAGUAGCCUUUCAUUGGAUUGUUAUGGUUAUGUGGUCAUUUGUGACGAAAACGAGUCCAUACAAAAAAAAACGUCAUAACGUUAUCUUUAUUUUAUUCGUUGGAUUUGUGCAGAUUUUUUCCUUCAUGAAUGUCAGUCGCCUUAAAUUUCCAGACAAACCCGUUGACUCUUCAUAUCAUACUGAGGAAGUCAAUCUCCUUGAAUCUUCAGAUCAUACUGAGGAAGCCAAUCAUGAUAAAUGCUAUCCCACUGAACCUCGACAUCAUGCCCUUUUAUAUUAUUUGUUUGUUUACACUGAAAAUAUUGCCAUACUUAUUUCAUGGAUGUUGGUUAAAAAUAGCUCCUUUUGUCCGUGGAUUUAUCACUGGUCAAUUCGCAUUGUUUCUAGUGGACUUAUUUUUAAUAUAGUUUUUAUGAUAUCAUAUUAUAAACUAUGUCACCCAACAACAUCCAUUUUUGUUGAACAAAUGUUAUAGAAGAUACGGUAUUUUCUUCUUUUUGCUUCAUUUACCAGAGAGAUUUGUCGUGGUUUUAUGAAUCAGUUGAAUUUACUCAGGUGUCGCUUCCCAAGAUAUAAGUUUAAGGUAUUGAAGUGAAAUUUUUUAUUCAUAACUUGUUUAUUUGAUGCCAUUAAUCUUUUUAAGAUAUUCUAUAUAUGUUAGUUAAAGCAAAUGAAUGCAUUAGUAGAGAGAUUAAAGAUUUUAAAAUUAAUACCAUUAGACUUGUGAAAAAGUUAGCUUAAUUAUCGAAGAUAUAUCUAUAUAGGUCUAAAUAUUGUGAUACCUUAAAUAACUCAAACUACAUAAAAAGUCCAUAAAACACGUGUCUUUCAUGUAUAUUUUCAAACAACUUGAAAAUUAGACAGUCCAAAUUUAACAAAGACAAGUAUGGCCAAACCAUAACAAAUUUAGCUUUAAAUUUAUGAAAAUAAAAAAAAUGUUAUAUGCCAAGAAAUUCCUUUCAUGAUUUUCCCUGUAAAGAUUAUUUUAAAACUUAUGUUGAAUCUGCCCACUGCAUUCAGAAAAAAAAAAUCACAAAAUAUUUUAAUUUUAAUAUUUACAUCUUACAAGUUUACCUGUCAUUUUUUCUUAAGGUUUUUUGUAAGAUUUACU